AUGGAUUGGAAUAAAAAGGACAUUGAAACUGAAAAUCACUAAAAAACUGAUAAUAGAUCAUCAACAUCUUUUGAUUACGAAGAUGAUGAUUAGUAAUAACCUGAAAAUGUUUAUAAUUCAAAUGAAAUAGAGGAAUCAAAGGAUUAUGAGACCCAAGAUGUAUAGAUGGAACCUUUUCAAGAAGAAUAACCUAGCAAUCCUGAAAUUUUAAGUUAGCAGCAAGAGGAGCAAAAGGAAGAGGAGAAUUCAAAUAAUAACUCAAAUAUUGAUGAGUUCGAUAUAAAAAUAGAAAUUAUUAAGGAAACAAUUGACAAAAAUGAAAAUAAGAAAUCCACAACUGCUAACAUAUCCUCUAUAAAAUCAAAAGAUCAUUAUCUAAUGAAACUUGAAAAUCAAUAGUAAAUCAGCAAAAAGGUUAGAAACCAAUGCUUCUUAUUAUUUUUACUUAACGCAGCUGGUUUAUUAGCUAUUCUAAUAAUAUGUGCUUUUAUGUACCCAAUAGAUUUAUUCGCUUUUGUAUUGUCACUGAUUUUUCAAGCUUUGAUAAAUCUACUUGUAGUUUUAAUUAUUGGCACAAAAAUUAUUAGAAAAUGGAAUAGUGAGGUCAUUGAUUAGAACAAUCCAAAUACUGAUAAAUUUGGGAGAUUCUAUUUAACAGCGAUUAGAUAUUAAAUUACUUAUAAAAAGAUAAUGGAGAUUAUAAAAUAAUCCUGA